AGUUGACAAGAUGGAUAGAGAUCAGAGCGCUGGAUUCAGCAAAAGAUCCAAGCCCAAGCAUUAUUUCCCACAAGAUUUCUUUGGGGAUGAACUCCAAGGUAGUAACAGAUUGAUGCUUCCAAACUUUAGAAGGAAGAGACGGCAAGUUAAAAGUGUAGAUGCUGCUAAAGAUGCUGUAGUUAAGAAUUCCCAGGAGUUCGCAACUCCCUCUAGAGAGGUCUCAGAAAGCCUACAUAUCAGGAGAAAUAGCCAGAGGGAAUAUAAAUUAUAUCAAACUCCGAAGGUCUUUUCAAUAAAUCCUGGCAAUUUUUUGAGAAGAAAUCUCUCUGAACAGAAAGAUAGUAAUUUGGAGUUCAAAAGAUCAGCAAGGAACUUGUACUCAAAACCCCUCUCCUUAAUGGCAAGCAUGAAGAGGAUCGAGCUUGGCUUAGAAGGCCAAGUCUCGACUGAUUCUAAGCCUAAGGCUGCGAAGAAUCUGAUGAAAUUUUAUCCAGAAAUUCACUCUUUCUCUGCAAUGAAGCCUGAAGAGGCGAAGAAGAGAGUUUUCUUCAGUAAGAGGAGAAGACUCCAUUUGGAUGACCUUCCUCAAAGUUUGGAAGUUGGGCCAGGCGUGUUUCAGUUUCAAGAGUCUAGGGAUUUAUCAAAGAUUGUUAAAAAUGCACGUCGUAACAGAAAAAUUAUACUGCCGAACUUAAACGAUAAGAGGGUACCUAAGGUUAGCUUGAAGAACAAUCUUGAGAUGGGGACAACAACUUCUUCUCCUAAUAUCCCGAUAGCUGACUUCAAGUCAGCAUCCAUUAAAGUACCAAGCGACAUGCUAUUUUUAUCUAAGUGAGAAAAAGGUAUCUUUAAACCCUGCGGACCUUUGUCAAACUUGAAAAAUUGUACCAAUGAAGAUAUGGGAAGGACAGCCUAUUUUGGAGAAUAAAUAAGUAAAUUAAUUAUUGGGUUUAAAAGAUUGUUCACUUGCAUCCAGCUUUCCCUGCCUUAGGAGCUCCUACUUUUUUCCCAUUUCUACCUCUCUUUUUGGUGUUCCCUCCUCUACGAGUUGUGCCUUGUUCGUACUCUGAGUCUUCAUCUGAUUUAUUCUGUAGUGCUAUGUCCAUUAUAUCAACACCUUGGCUUGGUUUAUUUUUCUUAGCACCUGUCCUACCACGCUCACGAGAGUAUGAAUCUUCUUCGUCAGAGCUUUUAUCUCUAUGGGCGUUUUUUUGUCUCAAAUUCCUUUGGUCAAUUUCAAAUUGCUCUUCUCUCUGCUUAAGUUGAUCCUCAGUCUUAUUUUCUGAUAGAAUCCAGUUCUUGGUUCCGUUCCUUCUCUUCAGCAAGGUCAUCCAUGAGCUUCUUGCGUUUAUCAGUUUCUUCUUCAGCCUUAUGUAAUAGAAUUUCUUCUUGCUUGGUAGCUUUUUGGAGCUUGAUUUGUAGGUCCUCGUAUUCAUCCUUCUUCAUGACAUUCUCUGCCUCCAUAUCUUCAAGGUUUUCCUCUAACAUUUGAUUCUUUUGCUUCAGAAUAGUGAUUGCUUGGUUCAGCCUGUCCUCGUUCACUUUUUGUUUUUGGUACUCGGUCGUGAGUACAUCUUUGGAAAUUUUUGGAAUAGCUGUGUUGAUGAAUCCUGAAAGGACUUCAACCUUUGCAGGUCCGAUUGAGUUAGCAUUGUAGGCUUUGGUGAAGUUUUCAACAUCAAAUUCUAGGUCAUCCAUGUUGUCCAUUGAGUACCCGUCAUUUCGAAUGGUCAGGUUGAUUUUAGAGAAAGCUUCUCUGGCAACAUCCUCUCAUUUAUUUCCGAGAACUCUCGUAGUUCCUUUUCUUGGUGUCUUUUUCAUUCUGUUCGAUGAUUACUAAGAGUUCUUUUAAGGCUAUUUCCUGGCUGUCUUUGUCAGUUUCUUCAUCGCCAAGCUUGAAACCUUCUUUUAGAAGGUCUAUAGCAUGGGUACGCAUUUGGUAAAGUUUCUCAAGCAGAUCAGCCUCUUCCAGAGGCAUUGCAAUUCGUUUAGCUUGUUGUAUGUAGGCCAUUUUGGAUUUGCUGAAAUACCUUUCUCUUUCAUGAUCAACUACACUUUCCCAAGCAGAAGUGAUAUUUGGAACAGCUCCAUCGUUGAUGGCUUCGACGUACAUUUCAAGGAGCUUUGCAAGGACUUUUCCAUUGAUCCUUUUGUUAUUCAUUUGCUUUAGAGGGCACUCUUCAAAGACUUUGUGUCUCAAUUUAUGAGCCUUUACCUUGAACUCAUCUCUGAGGUCGUUAAAUUGGACCUUGUUUAGGUUAGCAAGCUGGUGUUCCUCGUUGCUGGGACGAACCAAAGUCAUGAGCUCUCUCAUUUUAAAGAAUUUCACUAAAGCAGUUUUGACCUCGGUGUAGUUAUUAAUCUUGCUUUCAAGAUACUCGUUUUCUGUGAUCGAAUGGCCAUUUUCCUUCAUUUCGAGGACAAAGUCUCUAAGAAGCCACAUGAACUUUGGAGUGAAAUUUGAGAUUACUUCAUCUUCUGAAACCCCUUUACCAGCUCUAACAGCAAUGUUUGUGGAGAGUUUUGCAGCCAGUGAAAGAUUGUUUAUCGCAUUUUCAUCAAUCGCACCAAAACUAUUGUAGAUAAAGAAAGAAGAUAUGAGCACCACCAAAGCAAAUAUUUUGCCAUCAUGAGUUGAAUUUUUGUCUAUAGAUCCACUUCCUUCUGUGUCUAGCAGCAAUACAUGCAUAUUUCUGGAUUUUACGAAGGUUGGUGAACCCCAAAUCCAGAUUCCUUGAGUACAUGAGUCAGUUGAUGGACUUACUGUAAACCCUUUGCCUCCUAAUUGAUUGAGGAGCAUAUUUAGAGUGAAUGAUUUACCUGUUCUUUGGGCUCCUGCUAGUGAAACUACUCCAAUAUCCCCUUUUAUACUUCUGAGAACUUUCAUACCUUCUUCUCAAACUUCGAAAGUGGUGAGGUCACUACUUAUUUUAACGAGUUGGACUGGAGCAUUGACUUGAUAAACUUCGUCAGGUUCAUCACUGUCAUCUGCAAAGAACUUAUCUUCUUCAGAUUGAUUGUAAAUGUCAGGGGCCACACUAAAUUCUGACUCAGACUCAUGUUGACCAAUAGUAUCGCUAUCGUAGCUGUCAUUUUCAGACUCAUUCUGUUGUUGUUUCACAGGCGAUAGGCUUGUUUCGAUGUCAUCUCUAAAGUCUUUCUUCUUAUGAGAAUUCAUAAUCAUGUUCAGGGAGAGCACGUUGCUCUCCCUGACCUUGAUGGAUAGCUCUUCAUCAGAGAAGCCACUGAUGUCCUCUUCAUCGUAUGAAAUUUCAGCUGCC